AUGUACAGUCUUCAUGUCAAGCGCAGAAGAGUCUGUGUCAGCCCACACGGUCAUAUGAUUAAGCAUUGGAUGAAAGCACAAGCAGCCAAGAGAAAUUCCAAAGGCAACAUUUGCCUUAAGAAGAGUCACCACAGCAAGAAGAGCAGGAAACAGGAGAAACACGAAGCACACGGCCAUAAGACGCCUUAUUAGAGAGCUUACAGAUUCGUCUGCAGUGGUGGUUCCUGAAGUAAACUUAGCCCUGGGUGACUAUAAACUUUCCAUUUGUAAUGUUACUUACUGCAAUCCAACAGGGCAAAGCAAAAAACUGCUUUCUUUUAAAGGAACUGUGCUGUAGUAGACCCAUAUAACUAUAAUAAUAGAUACAACUUUGAAACAAAAUGGAUAAAGAAUCUUUAGAUAGUACUUUAGAAGAUAAUAUACUGAUAUAAUUUCUUCAGCUUUUUAUUAUGAAUGCCCCCCCAUGAACUACAGAGAAGUUGAAAAAUGGUACGAUGAGUACCCAUAUAACUUCUCUAGAUCAUUCAUUAUUAAGACUUUGCCACAUUGUUUUUUCAAUAAUUUGAGAAUAGGUUGCAGACUCCAUGA